AUGAGUGGCCCAAUGCCCGGCACUUCGCAGCCAGAAAAUCCGCGACUUGGAGCUUUCAAGUCUGAUUACUUCGAUGAUCCGUUCCUAUCGCACCCACUCUCUACAGAGGAACAGCUAGUUCCCCAGCAGCUGUUUGCAAGAUCCACGGAACCCUUAAGCGAUACUUCGGCUUUCGUGAGCCCAACCAUACCCCCCAACCAAGGCUAUGCUCGCUCAGCUAUCGCGAGUGGUCGAUCGUCCCCCGCCUUCAUGAGCCCCACAAGCAAUAUUGAAACCGGCCAAAGUGACCUAAGUAGUUACUCUUCUCCUCGCUUGGACAACACUCUGUUUGGGGACCAUAGUGCGCACCUGUUAGCUGGAUUUGCGGAUCUAGGUCAAUUUUGUAUUGACCCCGAAGUCCUCCACCCAGCCCCAGCCCUGGAAAAGUCAACUCCUCCAGGAAACGCGACUGGAAAUGCCUAUCCGUAUUCUCCUGGGCAGCAACUCUUAAGCCCUGUCCUGACAGGCACUCCUGGUUCAUCUUCCGGUCAGCAGCUGCAAGAUCCGCUUAUGAAGCCUUCUACUCAAAUUACCGAUUUGCCUGCCGCGACACUUCUAGCUGAGAAGCGGCCUAACCUUCCCACCCUACGACUCCCAACGCCAUCUAUUCCCUGUGACAAUACGCCUAAUCUUUGCUUUUCACAUAUUUUAGACCAUCCUCCAAGUCCCGUCGUCAAAAUCUCGAGCUAUUGUAGAGGGGACUCCCCCUCAAGAGACAAUGAUGUACUAAGCCGUGCAUCCAAAAGGAAAAGUCAAUCUUCCAUACACCUUGCGCCCGAGGAUGACAUAUCAAAAGACGUAGAUGAGUAUGGUGUUGAAGAUUCUUGCAAGUAUUCCAGGAACGUCUCAUCCUCACCUACGCUUCGGGCAGGAGACGGAAGCUGGAUUCCGGAUCCAUCUACCGGGCUUGGUGGUUUGAAUCCAUCUUCAAGAACUGAUGAGUUCAUUCCGAGCUUGAAGGAGAUCACAGCACAACGAGAGCUAGAAGAAAAAAAUGCUGUUGUGGAGCGUUGGCUGUCUGUUUCCGAGGUAAAUAGUGAAGUUGAAGACAACAGCUUGUUUGGUUUCCAUCAACAGAAAAAAUGGCGCUUCACAAGAAGACGCAGGGCGAGGAGCACGGGCGAUUCUCCAUUUAAUCGUGCCAACAAUGCCGGCACUGCCCAAGAAGUGUUUGACGAUUCAACAAUUCCCGGUCCCGGUGCCCUUAUAGACGAGGAGAGCGAAGCAGAGGACGACGUUGGCUCUCACACAUCCGACAGCUCACCCCCACGGUCGCCUAGCGGCAUCGAUACAAAUUCUCGAAUAGACUCGGAAGACGGGUAUUUCCCGUCGGUUGACAAUGCCAAUUCCCAAACGGCUGAACCUCUCCCUCGCCAAUUUAUUCGAGCAAGACCUUGGAAAGACCCACCUGGAAGUCAUCGGCAUGGAUUUACGAAGGACCAGCCUUUCACUUCCAAUGCUGCCAUCUAUAAAUUCUUGCGACGGGCUGACAACAUUGAGACUGCAUCCCGGAGAGCAACUUGGGGCACACGAGACGUUACUGAGGUUGAUGUUGAAAGCAUUCUUGGGAAUAAUAGUCGCUUCGAUUUAAUGCGAAUCAGCGACGAAGGUAUCAAAGAGAAAUUCUUUCGGCGCAAUAGUAUUUUCGAACACGCCAGUAAACUUCUUCCUAAACGAAGUCACAGUGGCGCAAAGCGAAAACAUAACACCUCAGCUCAUCAAAUCCAGCCAAGCACGGAGUCUCUAGAGACCGGAAAGGGCAACUCGAUCCUACCACAGCGCAAACCUAGUUUCACGAGACGGUCCAAGACCCCUUCAAACACGGGUGGUGCUCUUCUUGAAAUGGGCAGGCAAAUUGCAUCCGUUGGUGGUGGCCCCAUGGAUGUUCAGUCACCUAAACACACUGGUGGGCCAUGGAGUAGCUUGAUGAGGCGUAAUCGUAGCCGAAGCGACGUGCCCAAAGACCUCCAAAGUCCCACUAUUAGCCAGGCAACCCAACCCAUAACUACCUCCAGCGAAUCACCUCCGCCUACUCUGGCAUCACCGAUCCAAAACAAAGCCGUCACCCUAAAUACCGUCGCUGAGAACUUCACAGUAGCUAGGCAUAAUGCUGAAGAGCACGAUGAUGAUAACGAAGAAGAUGACGAAGAUGCCUCAGAUGAGAAGGGGGUUGUUAUGGAUUUUUCAGUUCGCGUCGAUUUGAUAGUUCCAACACUUGAAGGAUUCAAAACCCAUGUACAACAGCUAAACCCUCGAUUGUCGCCUGCUUUGGUGGAUCGAAUUGGUCGAGAGCAAUUGCUAAGAUACAAGAAGUUGGUCGAGUUGAAGUUAAAGCAUGCGCAAGCGGUGAGCAGACACGCCUGUACAGCUGGACCGCACUGUUUUGCUCAGGGAGGCGAUUCCAACUUAUUCCCAGUGAGAGGAAGCCCAAAGGACGCCGAUCCAUCUCACCAUCAGUUCCAUCCCAGCGCGGGAGUUUUAACACCCGAAGAUGCCAAUGCAGCUGGGGAGACGGUCAUUACAGCCUCUCUGUUUCCUUCAGGUGUUCCACUACCACCAGCCAGGCGACUUCCAGCCAGGUUUGAGUGUCCGCUAUGUUUCAAGGUUAAAGAGUUCAAGAAGCCCUCGGACUGGACAAAACAUGUGCACGAAGAUAUCCAGCCGUUUACUUGCACCUUUCCUGAGUGCCCGGAGCCCAAGUCCUUCAAACGCAAGGCCGACUGGGUGAGACACGAGACUGAAAGACACCGCCACCUUGAGUGGUGGGCAUGCAAUAUAGCAGACUGCUCUCACGUCUGCUAUCGCAAAGAUAACUUUGUUCAGCACCUUGUUCGAGAACACAAAAUGCCGGAGCCAAAGCUCAAAGGCGGGAAGGGUCGCCAGACCAAGCCCAGUAAGGCGUUACACAGCGACUUGGACCUUCAUACGUCAGCAGAAGUUGAAAAGGUGUGGGAAAUGGUAGAGAGUUGUCGUCACGUCACAACGAAGCAACCCACGGAAGAGGCGUGCCGAUUUUGCGGCAACGUGUGCAAUACCUGGAAGAAACUUACUGUCCACAUGGCGAAACAUAUGGAGCAGGCUGCUAUGCCUAUUCUAAACCUCGUGGAUCAAAGAACUGUUGGUCUUAACACGGGCAUGAGCUCCAUCGAUGAUUCAACUCAAAGUAACAUGGCCGCCUCAGAUGGUUAUUUUGGCACAGCGGACAGCCGGAACAAAUCCUCUAUUCAAUCACGAGGCCGUCACAAAGGCCGAAGUGGCCCCCAACCAAUUGUUUAUGGAACUGCCGCACUGUUGACAGAGGCCUUCUCCAUACAACAACCAAACGUCUCUUCCCAGCGGCUACGAAUGCACAACGCGCUCAACUUAACCUCCCCGAAUGAGCAGCAACAGCCGCAUCCACAGCAGUCGGCGGCACGCAUUCCAUACAACAUGCCACCGGGUAAUUCCCCAACACUCCAAGGCGGCGAGCCAGCAGUGUAUACAGCAGCAGGGCCAAUGCCACGGCAACUCGACACAGGAAACUUAGCCACCUAUCCACCCGCAUUCAAUGCACCGCCCGUGCCAUCAAUAAUGAAUGAAGCCCCCCACACUUCGAAUGUUCUGCAGUCUAGUCCACCAAUGGUUGGGCUUGGUGGUGGCGACCAACUAUUUGCAUCACCAGUAGAACAUUUUCCGUAUAUGGACCCGAUUGGACAAAAUCCUGCGGGCCAAGGGACGCUGCCUGGGCCAAUUUUGUAUAACACUUCAACUGGGGGCGCAAUGGCAUAUUCAAUGGAUGCAUCAAACUUAGGGCAGGGACAUGCAUACACGCAUCCAGGUAACGGACAGCAUCUAUAUGGGAAUCAAUGA